AUGGAAAUCGAAAGUAUAAGAAGAGAAGAAGUGAACUCUUUUUUGUUGGAAAACCUGUACGAUAUUAAAACCCCCAUUUCAGAUGGAACAACAAUUAUAGGAAUUAUUUAUGAACAUGGUGUUAUGCUGGCAUGCGACACGAGAACAUCCUCAGGAACUUUUGUUAGUAACAAAUGUUCUCGAAAAAUAAACAGAAUUAAUGAAAACAUAUAUGUAUGUCGUAGUGGUACUUCUGCUCAUAGUCAGAAAGUUAUAGAACUUAUUAAGCAUUAUUCCCUAACCCUAAAAUGUGAAAACAGAAAAAAAGGAAGAUUUCAUGAAGAUGAAAUAAUAACAGAUGAUAUUAGUAAUGAGGAAGAUAUCGAUUUAAAUGCAAUUAAUAAUUCCUUCAAUUUAGGACAAAACAGUAAUAACAACAAUUUUGUCACGAAACAUAAAUAUUUUUAUGAAGACAAAUUUAUGGAUUUUAAUCCAUUAGUUGAAAAUGUUGCACACAUUACCAAGAAAUUACUUUAUGUAAACAAUAAUUUUCUCUCCUGUGGACUUAUAUUUGGAGGAUAUGAUAAAGUUAAAAAGCAACAAUUAUAUUCAGUUAAUUUAAAUGGAAGUAUCAUCCAAAGGUUUGAUUAUGCUGUUAGUGGAAGUGGUAGUGUAUACAUACAAUCCUACUUACAGGACAAGUACAAAAAAAAUAUGACUAAAAAAGAAUGCUUUGAUUUAAUCCUUGGAUGUGUUAAAUAUGCCAUGUAUAAUGAUAAUAGUAGUGGAGGACUUGUUCGAAUUAUCAACAUCACGAAACUCUUUGUGGAAGAAUUCACAGUAACCAACACACACCUGCACUUUGAUUAUUAG